AUGCCCUCGGGGGGCCCCCCCCUGCGCACAGUGGGGGCCCCCACACAGGCGGGGGGAGGGGAGGCCCCCCCUGGUGGUACCCUCGCUGCUGAGACACGCAAGCAGGAGAGGGGCCCCGGCGGGAGACAUCGCGUGCAGCUGCCUGCUCCCCUGUUGAGUGCUGCUUUCCGCAGCAGCGUUGCUGCUGCUGCGCUGCUGCGCCAAGCCUCUGCAGCAGCAGAUAGUACAGGGGCCCCAGAAUACGCUGCAGCAGCAGCAGCAGCAGAGGAAGCAGCAGUAGCUCUCGCCCCUGCCUUGUGGGGUACUGCAGCAAACACACUCGCUUCAACAACUGCAGCAGGGGUUCCCUCAGCAGCAGCAGCAGCAGCAGCAGCAGCAGCUGCUUUCCGCAGCAGCGUUGCUGCUGCUGCGCUGCUGCGCCAAGCCUCUGCAGCAGCAGAUAGUACGGGGGCCCCAGAAUACGCUGCAGCAGCAGCAGCAGCAGAAGAAGCAGCAGUAGCUCUCGCCCCUGCCUUGUGGGGUACAGCAGCAAACACACUCGCUUCAACAACUGCAGCAGGGGUUCCCUCAGCAGCAGCAGCAACAGCAGCAGCUGCUGCUGCUGCUGCUGCAGCACCAGGAACAGGAGGAGGACCAACAGCAAGGAACGGGGGUCCCUUGGGGGGGGCCCCCCAGGGGCCCCCCGCUGCGCUGUCUGGUGUAGAGAAUACUGGGCUGCUCUACAGAUACCCCAAAGCUGCGGGGGGCCCCCUGCUGCAGCUCCCUUGGAUGCCCUCGGGGGGGCCCCCCCUACGCACAGUGGGGGCCCCCACACAGGCGGGGGGAGGGGGGGCCCCCCCUGAAACAGGAGGAGGACCAACAGCAAGGAACGGGGGUCCCUUGGGGGGGGCCCCCCAGGGGCCCCCCGCUGUGCUUUAUGGUGUAGAGAAUACUGCUGCUGCUGCAGUGUCUGUUGAGGAGACAGCUGCCAGCAGCAAGCUGCCUAUACACCGCAGAGGUGUCUCCUCGAGCCGCCGCUGCAGCAGAGGCCGGGGACGGCCCCCGCGGCGCCGGGGUGGCAGCAGCGUGCGGGUCCCUGCUGCAGCAGCAGCAGCAGAAAGAGAGGGAGCCAGAAGCAACAGCAGCAACAGCAACAGCAGCAGCAGCAGCAGCAGCAGCAGCAACGGCAGCAGCGAAGAGGAGUGGGUUGUGAACCGACCCCAAAGAAAAAGACGCAAGGCUAGGGGGGCCCCCACCAGGGGCCCCGGCAGACCCAGGAGGCCACGGGUAGCUGCAGCAGCAGAGGAGACAGGUGAACCGACCCCAAAGAAAAAGACGCAAGGCUAG